AUGUCUGCCAGAGACCAACAGCUAGAACGCGAAUUCGCCGAGGAAGAGCAGCGCAGGCAGGAGCUCUUUGGCCCUGAGCGCUACAGUGUCAGAACCAGGAAGCAGGACGAGGAGGAGCGAAGCAAGACUCGGCAGCCACCACCGCCACCGGCAGAACACGUCGAUUGGAAUGAACUCUAUCAGAGUGUCUUGGACAAGCAGAGUGAGAGAGAGGAGGCCAUGCAUUUACUCCGCAGCAUGGCUCGCGCGACUCACCUGAUUAGAUCAACCGUCUCCCCAGCGCCUGCUGAGGCUCUGUAUGAGAGGCUCGCGCAGCCACCUCCGGAAGGUGUUACACCCAAGCCAGAGCAGGCUGGCACGCAGGACCCACGAUACCCAAACGCACCGACUUGGCCUGUCGACCCCCAGGCGGCUCUCAAAUGUCCAUGCUGCAAGAAACCCAUGGCAACGGCAAGCCCAGAGGGCAACGGCAAAUCAAUCGUCGAGAGGCCCUUCUACCUCCCUUGCGGGCAUAUUGUCGGCGAUGGUUGCGUUGACACGUGGGUUAUCAAUUUGCGAGACAAUGCCAAAUGCCCUGUCUGUCGCCACCCACUGCUCACAGAGCAAGAGGCUGAAGCAUUCCGUGCCUACGAUCGAGAUAUGCGGCUUUCUUGA